AUGUUACUAAGAGCAGGAAGCAGACUAGUCCCAAGUAGAACCAAUGUGAUGCUGUUCACAACCGCGAGAUUGUACUCAAACAAUCCAAAGGGUAAUAUUCAUGACUCAGAGUUAAAGGAUAUCAUUUCUAGGAUUAAGAUUGUUCCAAACAAAAGAGUAGGUGAAUCUAUUGAUAAGAUGAAGUCUAGGUUAGUGUAUCAGUCUCGUAAGAGAGGUAUCCUGGAAACUGACUUGUUGUUAUCUGCUUUUGCUGCUAAAUAUUUAAAGACUAUGAAUAGAGAUCAGCUAGAAGAAUAUGAUACUUUAUUAUAUGAAUUAGAUUGGGAUAUUUACUAUUGGGCUACAAAGGAUUAUGAACAGAGUCCCAUCCCUGAUAGAUGGAAGGAUUCGGAGAUUAUGAAGUUAUUACAGACUUUCACAGAAAAUAAAGAAAAAAGUAUUAUUAAAAUGCCAGACUUAGAUAAGUUUUAA